AUGCUGCGAAGCGCUCGUCUUGUGAACGUGCCGAAGCCACCAGUCAGUCUUCGCCGAUAUGCGGUCAGCUACGUCGGGAAGCAUCCGCCGAUUCUGGGCAUUCGAAGAGAGACGAUCAAUGCCUGGGAAAGAAGGGCCCCUCUGGCACCAAGCCAUGUCCAGAAGUUGACGAGACAAGGCGUCAAAGUGCUGAUUCAGCCGAGUAACAGAAGGGCAUAUCCGUUAAUUGUAGGUUUCGAAAGGGUUGUUGGGGAAAAUGCGUCAUGAUGACGGCUUUUCUGGAAAAAUAUGAAAUUUGAUGACAUUUUUUUGUAGAGUUUGGAGGGGCAUACCUGGCUCAAAACUUCAUAUAUUGAAGUUUGAGCUCUAAAAAUUUAAUGCAAAAAAGGUGUCAUCAUGACGGAUUUUUUAGAAAAAGUUACAGUCAAAUGACUUUUCAGGACUAUAUGACGGCCGGCGCUCAAGUCCAAGAAGACCUGUCACCGGCCAACCUGAUCAUGUCUGUAAAACAAGUCCCAGUGGAACAACUGAUCCCCAACAAAACCUAUGCCUUCUUUUCACACACCAUUAAAGCACAACCCGACAACAUGGAGAUGCUGGAUACGAUCCUGCAUCGCAAAAUUCGUCUGAUUGAUUACGAAAAGAUCACGGACGAAAAUGGAAAACGAUUGGUCAUGUUCGGGAAGUGGGCCGGAUAUGCGGGAUUCAUCGACAUUUUGCACGGCCUGGGGCUGCGAUUGCUGGCCUUGGGACAUCACACACCGUUCUUGCACAUAGCCUUGGCUCAUAAUUACAGCGACUCGCAUAUGGCGAUCAACGCGAUCAGAGAUGCGGGAUAUGAGAUUGCGCUGAACCGACUGCCACGGUGAGUUGGGGACACUGUAGGAAAUUAAGGGCCUUAUUUCAUUUUAAGCCAAAAAUUUGUAGAAAAAUUUUUGGAUGACGCGGCGUAUUUUACAAAGCAAAAAUAGUUAUUAAAUAUGCAUAAGUUGGUGGUUAAUUUUCAGGUCACUUGGCCCCCUGAUUUUCGUCUUUACCGGCUCCGGGAAUGUCUCCCAAGGAGCUCAAGAACUCUUCCGCCAUCUUCCCCACGAAUUUGUCGACCCCUCAACUUUGCCUCAGGUAAUUUACAAGGUGUUCAACCACGAUUUGGGUCGUAUUUUGUCAUCAAAUUUUCUAAUAAAAAAGUGAUUUUCUUAGGUCGCGAAGAAAGGUCAGAUGAACAAGGUUUACGGGUGCGUAGUGUCCCGUAACGAUUACCUCAUGCGCAAAGAGGGUGGGAAAAUUGAUUUAGAGGAGUUCAACGCCCAUCCAGAAAGAUACGUUUCAAAAUUUGCGUCGGAAGUAAGAGUUUUGAAGAUUUUUGGCCUACUUUGUCAUGGAUAACAUAAUUUUCGUUAAAAUUUUAUCAUUUUUCCUUUCAGAUAGCCCCGUAUGCCUCGGUAAUUCUGCAUGGCAUCUACUGGGAUGUAAACACGCCUCGGCUGAUCACCAUUCCGGAUGCUAAGCAUCUGCUUACACCUACCGCCAACAAGGCGUUGGAUGUUCCGGGUUGCCCGUCGCUGCCUCAUCGCCUGAUUGCAAUUUGCGACAUCUCGGCGGAUCCCGGAGGCUCUAUUGAGUUUAUGACGGAAUGCACCACCAUCGACAAGCCGUUCAUGAUCUAUGACGCCGAUUUUAAUAUGGCUUAUGACUCGUUUGAUACCCCAAGUGGAUGCCUGGUCUGUUCGAUCGACAAUAUGCCGGCGCAGAUGCCGUUGGAAGCUACAGAAGCUUUUGGAAACCUGCUGUAUCCAUACAUCUUCGAUUUGGUAGGUUUUAGAGGUUUUUAUAAAUUUGAAUUUUGAAAUUCCCGCCAAAAUUGGCAUUGUGCCCAAGAGCUCGGAAAAGCUUUGAAAAAGGUUGUAAACUGUUUUUCUUGUAUUUCUAGCUCAACUGUGCUGCCGAACAGCCCUUCGAGCGGCUGGAGUGCCGCCCUGACGUCAAGAAUGCGAUCAUUACCAGCGAUGGAGAACUGACCCCCAAUUACAAGUACAUUGAGACUCUGCGAGAGGAACAGACGUAUGUUUGAGCAUGUUUACUCGGCUUGUUAUCAAGUUUAUGUCCUUGGAAAAGUCAUAAAAUUGACAAUCGAGUUUAUUUUCGUUGAAAAUCUUAUCAUUUUUGACUGUUUUCGAGGGGAUUUUCGGUCAGCUUUUUUAUAAUUUUAGUUGGAAAUUAGGCUAAAUUUAAGCACGUUUUUGAUUAAAUACGAUAUUAAAUAUUUUUUUUAAAAAGUUUUUUCCGAAUUUACAGUAAAGUACCACGUAAAUUGCGCCAUUUUUCAGAGUCCGCUCCUCCCACAAGGCGAAGGCAAUGGCGGGCCGGGAAGACGCGAAAAGAGUUCUUUUGCUGGGCGCUGGAAUGGUCUCCGAUCCGCUGGCCCAUUACUACUCCCAACAACAACGCGUAGUCCUUACGGUGGCGUCGGAUUCGGCCAAAGACGGGAAACGGUUGGCCACGUUGGGCGACAACAUUCAGUCCCAGGUGGUGGAUCUGAACAAGGAGCCGGAAGUGAUCGAUGGCCUGGUGGAACAGAAUGAUUUGGUCAUCUCUCUGUUGCCCUAUGUCUACCACACGGGGAUUGCAAAGAUGUGCAUCAAACAUCGGCGGAAUAUGGUGACUAGCAGCUACAUUUCGCCCGAACUUCAGGCGUUGGAUGAACAGUAAGUGGAUGAUGAUUUGAGGGGAUUGGGGGGAGUUUGGAUGGGAAAUUGAACUCGCCAAUUGUCUUAAUUGUAAUUUCUCAGAAUUUGAUUUAAUUUGGUUUAAAUUUUAGUCAGAGUUUUAUAAAAUUUUAACCCCAUUUAAGAAUCUAAAACAAUGUAUAACCUUUCAAAAAUUCCCCGAAGUGCGACGCUCAGAUUUUGAUGAAACUUGGCACAAAUUUAGAAUAAUUUUUUCUAAAAUAUAUGCGAGAAUCCUAGCUCGCGCUUUGCAGAAACAACCGAGAUUUUUAGAUCGAAAGUCGGCCAAAAUUUGAGACUUUUUGCCGAAUUUCGGCACGAAAAGCUUCAUGCCUAUUUCUGCCAUAGAGGGUAAUAUUUCCACAAAAAAUCAACUUUUUCCGCGCAAAACUGGCAAAGUCAUGGCCAAAAAGUGUUUUUCUCUUUGACCGCUCUCUACGUUUGGUGUGCUCUCUCGGCUGCCAAGAUCAUUCAAUAUCUCGGCGGCGCUUGUAAAGCGCGAGCCAUAACUUUCAGGGAUUGAUAUUUAGUCUAUUCCUGAAGUGUGUGGGAAAUUUUAAAAAAAUCUGAGCGUCGCACUUGGGGUACUUCCCUUGUUAAUUUAAUUCAAAUUUUAGUCACAAUUUUAUAAAGUUUUAACCACAUUUAAGAAUCUUAAAAUAUGUCAUAUCCUUUCAAAAAUUUCAUUAAAUUUCAACCCCAAUUUCCCCCGAAUUUCAGAGCUAAAGCCGCCGAAAUCACGAUUAUGAACGAAGCGGGUCUGGACCCGGGAAUCGACCACAUGUUGGCCAUGGAGUGCUUCGACCGCGUGCACGAGAUGGGCGGCAAAAUCAAGUCGUUUGUCAGCUUCUGCGGCGGUCUGCCGGCCCCGGAAGCGUCGGACAAUGCGCUGCGGUACAAGUUCAGCUGGUCCCCGAAGGGCAUGCUGUUGGCGCUGAUGAAUCCGGCCCGAUAUUUGAUGAAGGGGCAGGUCGUGGAGGUGCCGGGGAACGGCGGAGUUAUUGAUGACUUGUAUCCGAUCGAUUUUAUGCCCGGAUUCUCGUUGAUUGGGUAUGCGAAUCGGGAUUCGACCAAAUAUUUGGAUAUUUAUGGGAUCCAGGACGAAUGCAAGACGUUGUUGAGGGGAACUUUGAGAUAUCAGGUAGGAAAAGAGAGAUUUUUUUUAGAAAUAAAAAAAAAAUGAUGAUUUUUUUGAAGAAAUAUUUGAGAUUUUUUUGCUCAUUUUUAGCUCCACUUUAGGCAAAAUUCUGAUUUUUUCAUUUUUUUACAAAAAUGAGAUUUAAUUUUAAACACAAUUUCUCCACUUUCAGGGAUUUGUUGAAGCCAUCCGCGCCCUGAAGAAGGUCGGUCUUCUCUCCACGCAAACCCACGACGUCUUCAACCCGAUGCAAGGCCCGGACAUGACUUGGCAGCAGAUUAUGGCCGUCAUGAUGAACCAGCAGCCCGACAUUUUCCCCGAUCAGCUUCGCAAAAUUGUGGCCGACAGAUUGGGCGAUAAACGAGAGUUUUUGGCGUUGGAAGAGCUGGGGUUGUUCAGCGACAACGCACCGGAGAGACAUUUGAACCCAUUGGACACACUGGUCCCCCAUUUGGCCAAAGCGUUGGCUUACAAUGAAGGCGAGAGGGAUCUGGUGAUUUUGAAUCACGAUAUUGAAGCUCAACUGCCUGCGGGUUCGACGGUAAGGAAAAUUUUAGAGCUAGGUUGAGUCGAAUUAUGAGACUUUGAAAAAUCAGAAAAAAAUUACAAUAGUAAAAUUGGUAUUAUAGGAGCAUCACCGGAUCAGCUUGGUCGCUUAUGGAGACCCGCAUGGAUAUUCGGCAAUGGCAAGAACUGUUGGGUACACUACUGCCAUCGUAUCUCACAUGUUGCUGAAUGGUAAGAAACAUUUUUUCGUAUAAAAUGUCCCCUUUUAUCUACCAAAAUUUUUUGUCGUAUAAAAUGUCUCUCCUUUUCCCAAUUUUUUCUUUUUUCGUAUAAAAUGUCCCCUUUUCCCUACCAAAAUGUUUUGUCGUAUAAAAUGUCUUUCCUUUUUCAAUUUUUUUUUCGUAUAAAAGUCCCCUUUUCCCUACCAAAAUGUUUUGUCGUAUAAAAUGUCUCUCCUUUCCCCAAUUUUUUCUUUUUUUCGUAUAAAAAGUCCCCUUUUAUAUACCAAAAUGUUUUGUCGUAUAAAAUGUCACCUAAACCCCCAUUUAAAUUUCAACUUUUUUUCAGGCGAAAUCCAACGCAAGGGAAUGAUCCGCCCCACCACCAAGGAGAUCUACCGUCCCGCCUUAAAACGCCUCCAGGACUUUGGAAUCCGAGCCACGACGAAGGUGACGCAUGUUUGA